AGAAACUAUUUAUAAAUAGGGAAACACACAAAAAAAAUUAAGAUAAAAGAAAUGUCGUUCUUCGGUGAAAUAUUUACGUUCACCAACGUACUUUUUCUGUUAUUACUCGUUCUGUUGCUGAUUUUAUGGAAACGCAGUCAAAUUCCAAAGGACCUACCCCCGGGUCCCAAAGGAAUACCUUUACUAGGAGUUGUUAACAUAAACCCGCAAAAGAUGUUUGAACAAUUCCGAGAGUUUCGGAAAGAGUAUGGGGAUGUCUUUGGGUUUUACAUAGGUAGAAGUUACUCUGUUGUAAUAAACGGAGAGGAAACAAUAAGGGAUGUGUUUGUCAAGAAAGGAGAUCUUUAUUCUGAUAGACCGGAUUAUAUAUUAACCACAGAAUUUGGUGGUAACCAGGGAAUUUUAUCAAAUUCCGGGAAAUCAUGGAAGGAACAGAGGACAUUUGCUCUUGCAACACUGCGGGACUUCGGAGUUGGAAAACGAAGCCUUGAGGGGCGGAUCCUUGAAGAGGUGGAAGUAUUCCUAGAAGCAGUCAGACAGCAGGACGGACAAGCAUUCGAUGUAAAGCCCUUCAUCCACGUCAGCGUGUCGAACGUGCUGUGCUCAAUUUUAUUUGGGGAAAGAUUCCGACAUGAUGAUGCAGCGUUUUUGGAAUUGGUUAAGCUCCUAAAUGAGUGUUUAACAGGAGCAGCACUUAUUUCUCUGAUUGAGUACUUUCCAUUUCUGAGGUACCUUCCAGGAGAUUUGAUGGGCCUGAAAAUGUUGAAACGGAAUACGGCAAAGUUGGAGGCCUUCUACAGCAAGAUAAUUAUGGAACAUAAAUCAAAAUGGAUUGAAGGGAAAAAGGACGACUUCAUCGACUAUUACUUGACGGAAAUGCAUCAUCGUAGAAACGAGAGUGACAAUGUGUUCAACGAGAAAGAACUGAUUCGCGUCCUGUCUGACAUGUUCAAUGCCGGAACUGACACUACAGCCACAGUGAUACGCUGGAUCAUAGCGUACCUCAUCAACUACCCAGAUGUCCAAACCAAACUCCGCAGAGAAAUUCAUGAUCACCUCGGCAAAGAUCGCUUGCCCUCUUUGGACGACCGCUGUAAUCUUCCCUACACACUAGCGGUCAUCAACGAGGUACUCCGAAUUGGUAUUCCUUCUUUCGGAGUUCCCCACACAGCAGCCCAAGACACAUACAUUAACGGAUACAGAAUACCCAAAGGAUGUGCCAUGCUGCCUAAUAUUGAUUCUGUAAACUUUGACCCUGAAAAGUUUCCUAAUCCAGACGAUUUUAACCCCGAUAGGUUUAUCAAAGAAGAUGGAAAAUUUAAUGAUAAUUUGAAGAUUUUGACAUUUUCAAUAGGAAGAAGGGUUUGUCUCGGAGAAUCUUUAGCCAGGUUUGAAAUCUUCCUGUUUACCGCCUCCAUUGUCCAAAAGUUUGAGUUUCUACAAGAGGGGCCUUUACCCCCCUCCACAGCACCUGUCCUUGGAAUCACCUUCAGUCCCAGGGAUUUCAAGUUCUGGGCCAAGCUGAUCGAUUCAUAGUACACGCAGAUAACCUAGAGGACCACAAAACAUGUUCCUACGAUAUACAUUGUGGGUGUAAAGUCUUUGAUAAAAAACGAUAUUUGAAAAACGUGGAUAUCUGGCAUGUGAUUUUUGCUAAUCUGCGAUGGACAAAGACAGCUAAGAGACUUGAUUGUGGUUCUUAGCUGUGGUACAUGUAUUUUCAUUCAAUUGCCCGGUGAAUUUAGGUGUGAAAUUAAAAUGAACAAAUACUAAAAGAGACCCUUAAUUUAUAAAUACAUGUUUGAAUGUACACUUAAUAUUUUACCCAAUGCAAUAUUAACGAUUGAAUUGUAUGUGAAAUGCUGAAUACUGGCCAUUCCAUGUUAUUGCCUAUGAUACAGAUGUGAUACACAAACUACUAAAUUAAAUGUUAUGUGAUCCAUGUA